UCUUAGCACUUUCUGCGAAGCCUUCAGUAUGGCUCCUAGGAAGGGUCAAAAACAACCAGGUGGAGAACAGAACAUUUCUCUUGGUCCUCAGGCCAGUGAAGGUGAGGAUGUUUUCGCUGUUGCCCAUAUCUUCGCUUCGUUCAACGACACAUUCGUCCAUAUCACUGAUCUGUCUGGAAAGGAAACAGUUGUAAGAGUAACUGGAGGGAUGAAAGUUAAAGCUGAUCGUGAUGAGGCCUCCCCGUAUGCUGCAAUGUUGGCUGCUCAAGAUGUGGCUGUUAGGUGCAAAGAGAUUGGUAUCACUGCCUUGCACAUCAAGCUGAGAGCAACUGGAGGAAAUAGAACUAAGACCCCUGGCCCUGGUGCUCAGUCUGCCCUCAGAGCUCUUGCCCGAUCAGGGAUGAAGAUUGGACGCAUUGAGGAUGUUACUCCAAUACCAUCAGACAGUACAAGAAGGAAGGGUGGUCGUCGUGGCCGACGUCUGUAAAUUUUGUACUCGUAAAAACCAGAAAUGCAAUAAAAAAUUUACCGUCAACA